AUGCCUGAGCUUGCGAAAUCCACUCCGAAGAAGGGCGCCAAGAAAGCUUUGCCCAAACCAGCGGGCAAGGCAGGGAAGAAGCGCAAGAGGCUGAGGAAGGAGAGUUACUCCAUCGACAUCUACAAAGUGAUGAAGCAGGUUCACCCCGUUCCUCCCACUGCACUGACACGGAAUUGUUACCUCCCCAUCCUCAUCAGUCCGCCCUGCUGGUAUCCAUUUGCCGUGACUGUGAAAAUAUCUGGACGUGGAAAAGGCACCGCUGGCAAAGCUCGGUCCAAGGCCAAAUCUUGCUCAUCUCGGGCUGGACUGCAGUUCCCGGUCGGCCGGGUUCACAGACUCCUAAGAAAGGGCAACUAUGCUGAGCGGGUGGGUGCCGGAGCCCCGGUCUAUCUGGCUGCUGUGCUCGAGUAUCUGACACCCGAAAUCCUUGAAUUGGCCGGCAACGCCGCCCGGGACAAUAAGAAAACCCGCAUCAUCCCUCGACACCUCCAGCUGGCCGUCCGCAACGAUGAGGAGCUGAACAAGCUGCUGGGAGGGGUGACUAUCGCUCAGGGCUGUGUGUUACCCAAUAUUCAGGCCGUGCUGUUGCCCAAGAAAACCGAUGGUGUCAACUACGACCAUGAAGCCUUGCGCAGGCACCAGUAUGCUGAACUCGCUGCCCUGUGGAAGAAUGGGAGGUGAUGGAAUGGGCCACAGAGGUGAUGAGACGAGCUGCUCCUUGUUCUCUGCCAUUGCCAUGUGGAUGUGGGAGGGGACUGGUGGACCUGACUGCGCCUCCACUGUGAACAUCGGCUUCUUUUCUUCCUGCCUGCUGACCGGUAACAGCAGUCAAUCCCAGAUGAGAACCGCUCUCCUGACAGACAACGGUGGGAAUUAAACCCAGGUCGCUGGUACUGUCACCAUUGCGCUGACCACGAUGCUCCUGUGCCACCCCUUCCUCUUUAAACCCGUCCAUUGAUCCAGACCUCAUGCCCACCGGGUAAAGAAUUCCAGACGUUCCCUGCAUCAGAUGCACGUCAACUCUGGCAGGGGUUGCAGCCAUUACUUCCUACAAAGCAAACCCAACAUCAUGAAUGGCAGUGAGGCUUCACAACCAGACCAGCUCAACCCCUUUUAUGCUCACUUUCACAGGAAGAAUAAAGCCACAGCUAUGAGGAUACGUGCAGCGUCUGAUGACCCUGUGAUCUCUGUCUUGGAGGCCGACAUCAGGCUGUCUUUCAAGAUGCUGAACCCUCGCCGGGCAGCAGGGCCCAAUGGAGUACCUGGUAAGGCUCUGAAAACCUGUGCCUACCAACUGCUGGAAGUGGUCAAAGACAUUUUCAAUCCCUCACUGCUACAGUCGAAAGUUCUCACCUGCUUCAAAAGAGCAACAACUGCUCCGGGACCCAAUAAGGUCAGUGUGAGCUGCCUUAACGACUAUUGUCCAGUCACACUCACAUCUCCGGUUAUGAAAUGCUUUGAGAGGUUGGUCAUGGAUAGAAUGAACACCUGUCCCAGGAAGGACCAGGACCCACUGCAAUUUGCCUCUUGCCACAAUAUGUUUGCGGUAGAUGCGAUCUCAGUGGCUCGCCACACAGCACUGGAGCACCUGGGCAAUACAAAUACCUAUGUCAGGAUGCUGUUUAUUGACUAGAGCCCAGCAUUUAACACCAUCAUUCCUGCAGUCCUGAUAAAAUAGCUACAGAACCUAGGCCUCUGUCCCUCCUUGUGCAGCUGGAUCCUCGGCUUUCCAGCACCUGGUGUGGGAGAUUGCUCAGGACUUCAAAACCCAUCUGUGUUUCCAGAGCUCAGCCGUCAUGGUCCUGCAGGAGGCUAGCGAGGCUUACCUGGUGGGGAACAUCGAGGACACUAACCUGUGUGCCAUCCACGCCGAGUAAGUUACCAUCCAGCUGGCUCGAUGUUCCUGCGGGGAGCCCGCCUGAACCCGGCCUUGGCACUAAACACAACAAAAGGCUCUUUUAGGAGCCACUAUCAUGGCAGAGUAAAGGGCUAUCAUCUGCCACACCACUAUUUUGGUUCCCAACCCACUGAUGAAUCGUUUCAAUUCUCCUGCGACGCAUUAACUAAUCUGCCCAUAUUUGACCUGGCUGGUUCAAGUGCAGCCGCUCCCACUUCUACAGGUCACCUCUGCCCCAGCAGAGAUCCCAGUGGCUGGAAACCUGAACCUGUUCUCCUGUACCAGCUCCUCAUCCUCACAUCCACCUGCCCUGUCCCCCUGUUCCUGUCCUUACCAGCACUUGGCAUCAGGAGUAAUCCAGUGAUUACAGAUCUCCUUGUCUCCACCCUCCCCUGCUGUACAUCAGAAUCACAGACCUGGCUGCUGCUGCUCUCCUGAAAGGCCAUGUCUCCUGUUGAUCAAUUCUCCAAGUCAAUCUGCUUCACCAGUCCCAUUAAAUGGAUUCACUUUCCCCUUCAAACCUCCCAUGUCAGGUCUGUAUCUGCUCUGCUCUCUGGACCAUCCAGAAUGUGCCCUCUUUUCAUUAUUACCAUUGGAGAAGAGGUACAGGAACCUGAACGCACACUUAAUGUUUUA